GCGUCUGGUAUCAUUGGCUCCAUGAUCUGAAGAAAGAAGGAAAAGGUCCUAAGAAAAAAUAUGCAACUGUGGGUAACUAUUUGCUGACGUCGCUCAACUUUUUGGGGGGAAGAUGCAGCCAGAGACUAUCCGGGUCGAUGUCCUAUUCGUGCCAGGUGGCAUUGGUAUCUAUGAUAGGUGUUGGUCGGCUGCAAUCAGCCCCCAUUCCAACUCGUCCGGGGAAAGCGGCUGCCCAUGGACCAGUUCUGCGCGCUGAUGAUGUUUUUUGCUUUGCCCCCUUUCCUCGUGCUGCCUGCCAGUCAGGCAAUGUCAUCGUCCGCUUACACCGUCGUGGCCGGCCCUACCCAAAGUGGAAUGAAGCUCGCGCUCGGGUUCCAUGGAUCAACACUCUUCAGGGACCGCUCAGCGGCUUCACUCUUGUAAGUGGGCACGGGCGAGCCGCACCAGAGCUUGACCGAGUCGCCGUGCUCGGGAUGAAGAGGGUGUCAACCGCGUGUCAUGGCUCAAAGGCGGAAAGGAGAGGAGAGGAGAGGAGAGGUGGUGGUGGUAGGACGGCAUCAUGCAGGUGGCCGAUUUCAGUUUGCAACGGCGCCAGUAAAAUUCCCAGACAACCUUGAGAGACAAGAAGCAGACUGCGCGACUGAGGUGCUCUGGCAGUAUCACGUUUUCUCUUUUCCCGACUUUACAACGAUUAGGCAGGCACCUUACUCUGUAAAGACAGCAGAUGUCUUUCUGCAGAUGAUGUGCAUUUGCCAAGGGGGUUCAUGUCAAGUCACCAAAGUGAUUCCUAUCAAGUCGUCUAACAUGAUCUUCAUUACUUCUCUACGUAUUAACAUUGAAUCUCUCUCUUCAUCCGCCCCCCAAAAAAAAAAAAAGUUGAAUUGAAUCUUUCGUAACAAUCAUGCCAAGCAGGGAGAGUUUAUGAGUUUGGUAUCUCUAAUCUAAUGAAACGUGGAAAA